CCAAAAUGAAGUAACCGCCCCACCAUAUGUUCCUUAUUUCUUUUCUCUUCACACUGAUUUAUUUUCUGUCGGAAAAUACGGACGGCGUCGUCGUUCUUUUUGACGGUGUAGCUCACCGGCGUCGAUUUUUAGAUUUUUUUUUAAGGGAAACACUAAGCAGCAAAUUACAAGUGGGUGAUUUGUGUUUGUUACAUAGUCUUAUAUCUAACUAUGUCAGAUUCUGGUGAGCCUAAACCUUCUCAGCAAGAAGAACCUCUACCUCAACCUGCUGCCCAAGAAACUCAGUCUCAACAAGUUUGCACUUUCUUCAAGAAGCCAACGAAAAGUAAAAACAUAAGAAAAAGAACCAUUGACGCUGAUGAAGAAGACGGAGAUUCGAAAAGCGAAAGCUCUAUUCUACAAAAUCUAAAGAAAGUUGCAAAACCCGAUAGCAAGUUAUACUUUUCUUCUGGACCAUCUAAGAGUUCUACUACAACGAGUGGAGCUCCUGAGAGGUCCGUCUUUCACUACGAUUCAUCCAAGGAAAUCCAGGUUCAGAACGACAGUGGAGCAACAGCAACCCUUGAAACUGAGACCGACUUCAAUCAAGACGCACGAGCUAUCCGUGAGAGAGUUCUUAAAAAAGCAGACGAAGCAUUGAAAGGGAAUAAGAAAAAGGCUUCUGAUGAGAAGCUGUACAAAGGAAUUCAUGGAUAUACAGAUCACAAAGCUGGGUUUAGAAGAGAACAAACAAUCUCGAGCGAGAAAGCUGGAGGCUCACACGGGCCAUUAAGAGCUUCUGCUCACAUAAGAGUGUCGGCUAGAUUCGAUUACCAGCCAGACAUUUGCAAGGAUUACAAAGAAACCGGAUACUGUGGAUAUGGAGAUUCGUGUAAGUUCUUGCAUGACCGUGGGGAUUACAAACCAGGAUGGCAGAUAGAGAAAGAGUGGGAAGAAGCAGAGAAAGUUAGGAAGAGAAAUAAAGCUAUGGGAGUUGAGGAUGAAGAUGAUGAGGCUGACAAGGAUAGCGACGAAGACGAAAAUGCAUUGCCCUUUGCUUGCUUCAUUUGCAGGGAGCCUUUUGUUGAUCCAGUUGUCACCAAAUGCAAGCAUUACUUCUGUGAGCAUUGUGCUUUAAAGCAUCACACGAAGAACAAGAAGUGCUUUGUGUGUAACCAACCAACAAUGGGGAUUUUCAAUGCAGCACAUGAGAUCAAGAAGAGAAUGGCUGAAGAACGGAGUAAAGCUGAACAAGGAUUGUGAAGUCCUUGUUUCACUGGACAAAAAGGCAAAAACUAUAUUUGGUUAUUUACUUGAGGAAAGCUUUUUGUUUUGUUGUACUCACUGGCCUAUAUAUAUUCAUUCGGAUGACGACGAUAGUUGUUUCAAACUGAUUAACUUUUAAAUUUAAACAAACUGAAAAUUGAAUCAGAGUUUUGGAGUCAACUUCCUAGU